AUGUCCAAUGCUUCAUAUCGGGGCCGCGGUGGCAAACGGGCAGGGAAUCGUACUCAGGAUGGUAAUCUUUACUCGGAAGUCGCAAAGGGCGACCAUAAGAGCCCUCCGGCUUCUGGCGGAGUGUUGGUUGUAGGUUCUGCGUCGAACGGAACGGUGCCGUCUCAGUCGGCCAAUAAUGGUCGAAAGCAACAACAAGUGCAUCAUAACUCGGAGAAUGAAGGUGCGAAGCAUUCGACUAAGAAGCACCGAGUUUUGAGCGAGCACGAGUUGGCUAACUUCCGCACUUCUUUUUGUACAAAUCAUCACCAGAACAAAUGUCCCAACAGCGACUCUUGCGAGAAAAGUCACUGUCUCACGUGGCAGCGGCGAAAUCCUUAUGAAAUAUCGUACUCGCCGCAGUUGUGCCCUGAGAUCCAGUUCGUUAAAAAAUCGCGCAAAAUGGUUUUGUACCGGAGGUGCACUCGUGGGAAGAACUGCAACUUUGCUCACUCCAAAGAAGAGGAGCUGUACCAUCCUCUAGUGUACAAGACAAAGCAAUGUUCUGCGUAUCCCAAAUGCUCGCGAUAUUUUUGCCCGUUUGUCCAUGCGUCAUCGGAGAUGCGAGACGUGAGUGAACUGAAAACGGCAGGUUUGGUUAUGCCGAAUGGUUCCUCUGAUACUGAGGAUAAGAAUGUACAAGUCAGUUCUCCUUCUCAGGAGGCUGAACCCGAGGUGACAAAAGAUCAUGAAGAAGGAUCGGAGGCCCCUAAAGUGGGUGAUGAUGUUGCUGCAGGGUUGUGGUAUGAGCCUCCCAGUCUGUCGGCAAUAUGUGGAUAUGAUGAUGUUACAUUUAAAAACCUAUAUGGAUACGGGUGCGCUGGAUUUGCGCAAGUGCCCACAGACGAUUAUGCAGCAGAUUUUGAUAUCCAGAAUUGUGUUGCAUGGCAGACGCUCUCACCAGGCAAUCAGUUUGACGCCCCAUUAAUGGAGCAAUUCGUUGAUCCAACUAGGUACGCUGGUGGUGAUUUUGAUACCUUGGGUGGGGUAACUCAGUUCGGCGAAGGUUUGGGGGCACAGUUCGUACAUUUUGUGGGCGGUGAACUAGAAGAUCAGUUUGGAGCGCUGUCACUACGUAAAGUUCCCGAGGACCCGCUGGAGAGCUACCCACUGAAUGAUGUGUUGGUGAAGUUUAUGAACGACAUAGGCGAUAAUAAAUAUAAUCGUACUUAUGCCGGCUGCUGGGACCGCGAGAGGAUUGAAGCAGCGAUCAGUAGCAGGCAGGCGGAGUUGGAUGGUGACGCUCCGAAGACGGCCUCACGCGUCCAGUAUUUAAAAAGAAAAAUAGCAAAAUUAAAGCGUGCUCUGGAGGACGGUACUCCAAUAGGAGGAAAUAUUCUCCCUCAGAAGCGCCCCAAAUCAGGGAAUCCGUCGCCUAUCGAGCGACCGUCUACAUUGUCGACGGCAAACAAAAGCGUGAAUCGAACAAGGGGGCAGAAGAGAACCAAAAAGAUUUGCUUUAAGUGCCGCAAGCGUGGACACACACUGCUGGAUUGCGAUGAGGGUUCCGCCGGCAUUUGUUUUCGAUGUGGUUCUACGGAUCACAUUCUUUGUGAUUGUGUGAAACCUGACGAGGGUACGCUCCGGUUUGCUUCCUGCUUCGUGUGUAAGGAUACGGGGCACAUUGCUUCGCAGUGCCCCCAAAACAGCAAAGGCAUAUAUCCCAAUGGAGGCGCGUGCUUUUUUUGUGGUUCUGUGAGUCAUCGGAAGGCCGAAUGCGCUGAAAGGAAGAAGAAGGCAGCGGCGUGA